ACCAAAGUGUCUAGGAAGAAAGAAGUGAUUUUUCACAGUUAUUUUCUUUACCAUGGGAGUGCUAAUGUUCAAGCAUAUCUUCUUCAGAAGCUUUCUUGGAUUCCAUGCAACAAUUCUUCUGCGUCCAGUCUUCUGUUUGACGCAGAAUUAUACAGCCUCUCCUAUUUUUCCAAACGCUUCUUUCCUCUGGGCUUGGAAUGCCCCAACUCACAAUUGUGAUAAGAUCAAUAUAUCGAUAGAUUUGAGCCUCUUCUCCUUAUCAGGAAACCCCGGGCUAUACGGCCCAGGACAAGGUGUUGUAAUAUUUUAUAAGGAAAAGCUGGGCUGCUAUCCUUAUGUACAUAAAGGUGAAAAUGUGAGUGGAGGAAUCCCUCAGUUGGCAAAUCUGCAAAAUCAUUUGGAACAAGCUAGGAAAAACAUUUGCGAUUCCGUUGGACCGAAUGACGUGGGUUUGGCUGUAAUUGACUGGGAAGAAUGGAGGCCCCUUUGGGACAGAAAUUGGGGUGCUAAAGUUAUUUACAAAAACCAAUCUAUUGAUUUAGUUCUCCAAAGGAAUAAGACACUCACUCCUAAAGUUGCAGUACUAGUUGCCAAAGCGGAGUUUGAAAAAGCUGGAAGGGAUUUCAUGCUAGAGACUUUAAAAUUGGGAAAAUUACUACGGCCAAAAUACUUAUGGGGUUAUUAUCUUUUUCCUGAUUGUUACAAUCAUCAUUAUAACAAAGACCGAGCUUACAAUGGAAGUUGCUUUGAUGAAAAAGAAAAAGAAAGAAAUAAUUUGCUCGACUGGUUAUGGAAAGAGAGCACUGCCCUUUUCCCAUUCGUUUAUUUGAAUACCGGAAUAAAAGGUUCCAAUACUGCGCUCUUUGCCCGGAAUCGUGUGCUGGAAGCCCUUCGAGUUUCUAAAGUGAGAAACAAUACGGACCCGCUUCCGGUUUUUGUAUAUCUGCGUCUAGUUUUUACUGAUAACUUUACGACUUUCCUUUGUGAGGAUGACCUUGUGCAUACAAUUGGGGAAAGCGUUGCUCUAGGUGCCUCUGGAAUGGUAAUAUGGGGCAGCUCCAAUUUAACCCGUGAUAAGAAUGCUUGCACGAACCUAGCCAAUUAUACGAAGAAUACCUUGAAUCCUUACAUAAUCAACGUCACCCUAGCAGCCAAAAUGUGUAGCCAAGUGCUUUGCCAAGAUCAGGGAGUGUGUGUACGGAAACACUGGAAUUCAAGUGAAUAUCUUCACCUGAACCCCAAAAAUUUUGUUAUUCAAAUGGUGGAAGGUGGAAAAUAUGUGGUAAACGGGACUCCCACACUGGAGGACCUGCAGCAAUUUUCUGAAAAAUUUCAUUGCAGCUGUUAUGCCAAUAUCCAUUGUAUGACAAGAGUGAAUGUGACUACUACAAAUCUUACCCGUGUAUGUGUUGGUAAUGAUGUUUGUAUAGAUGCCUGUGUAAACCCAGCACUCAGUGGUCCUUCUAAAGUAAGUGUCAGAUCUUCAGGUGCUUACAGCAGUGCUGCUGCUACUAUACCAUAUGCUACAAUGUCCCCACAUGCUUCUGGGAAAGUCCUCAAUGAGAGCUUCCAAACAAAAUGCUUAGUGGAAGCUGUCUCCAACAUCCUCCAAGAAGAACAUGAGCGUCGCUUAUGUAAUCUAAACACUCCUAAUGAAUCAACCUUUACCAGAAACAGCAAGCUACUCAGACUCACUACUCUUCAGAGUUCUCUUAUACAGAAGGGAAUUAAUGAUAGUAGCCUUUUGUGCACAUUUAAUGAUAUCAGCCAAAGUGUAGGUUUUGUAAAAGUCAUGUCCCCAUGGCUCAACCUCAUAUUUGAUCCAUUCCCCAACCGCAUUGUGGGUCCAAACUCUUCCGAAAUUCUGAAGUAG